GGUCCCCCAUAGAGAAAGACACAUCAUCUCUGGACAGACAGCAUCACAGCACGGACAAGUGUUACUACUGUACACAGAUGUUUAAUUGACCAGAUUCUUCUUCUUGAAGCAGCGCUGAGAUUUAGCCAGACAGUUGGGAUGGGAUUUAUCACCUGAACCCGCAGGAAUUACCGGAGGAACCAGUACGUAUUAAGUAUGCGCUGCUAUAGCUGCAGGGGAAGUGUUUCCAUAACACGUCCUGAUCCAGAAGUUCCGCCUUCUCCUCCAGUCGGUGUGCGUGUGUCGUCGGACGACGGAGCUCCUGCAGCCGGUUACAUGAAACUUCACGACUGAAACAGCUGCCACCCACAACCGGACCGUCGGCGGCGUUUAGGAAACACAGAGACUCUGGAGUGGAGCAUCUCCAUAUAAAAAGGGCAAGGCCGACCAGUGGUGCAGCAGGAAGAAAAUCCUGCCCUUCUAGUUUGUGCUGUUCUGCAGACUACGGUGGAGGCCAGACCGAAGAGAAGGGAGAGGCUCAGGAGGAAGCAUGCCGACUGACCAGGAGCCCACUUACACCGUGAAGCUGCUGCAACUGCUGCUGCUCUCCACCUACUGGGGAAUGCAAAUAUGGGUCACCUUCAUUUCAAGCUUUGUGAUGGACAGCCACCUGAACAGACACACCUAUGGCUUCAUUCAGAGUCGCCUUGUCCCUUUCUACCUCCACCUGGGUUCCGCCUGCGCCUUCUUUAACCUGACUAUCUACGCCGUGUAUCAUCCCAGCGACAUGCUGAAUGACAGGGAAGCCUUUCAGAUCUUCAUCUUCUUCGUGUCGGUGACCGUCGCGGCUGUGAACGCUCAGUGGUUCGGCCAAAUGACGUCGGAGAUAAUGGCCGACAUGCAUCUUAUCGAGCAGUCGUGCGGUCUGGGUCAGGACAUCGGCCUGUCGUCUAACCGCGAAGCCUACGCCAAGCUGUGCGAGACGGACGUCAAAUACAGACACCUGAGCAGCCGCCUGUGGCUGUACAGGCUGCUGUCCUCGCUGUGUAACCUGUGCUGCAUAGGCUGCAACUUCUACAGUCUCUGCUACAUGGCUGAGAACCUGGUCACACUGUAAAACUGACGCGCGGCAGCUGGACUGUUAAAUUGUUACUGUCGAAAAUCCAGAAACCCUUUUGUUUUGAAGCUGUAACUUAUCUAUUUAAUUGAUGCCUUUUUUCCGUCUGCCUAUUGGGUAUGUAUUGAGUAAGCCUUGUUGCUUAUUCGUCUGGGGGAAUGAUGAACGGAAACGGCCUCAAUCUAGUGAGAUGAAUCUGUGCUUGAAUCAGUGGCUACAGUUUGUACCUUCUCACCUACAGCGGCUGCCGGGAGGUUUCCCUUUACCACCACUACAUACUUUACGGUAACACAAAACAGGUGGAAUGUUUUUUAAAACUUAAGGAGUAUCAGAGGUGGGGUCGGAGAAAGUAUCCCAAUGCACUGCACCUUUUUAUAUGCACCUAACAAAGGCACCUUUGGGAAGGGAACCACUCCCAUGCUGCUCAGUCCUGCUCUUUCUGUUUGGGUGGAGUUGCUCACAGAGUCACAGGUUUGUCUGUCCUUACCUUAGGUCGCCUUACAAGCCCAUGUGUGUGAAAGGUUACGCUAUGUUUAGCUGCCCUCGCUGAACGGUUUCAUCACUUUUACAGUCAGCACCGCUUUUAGCUCGUCAAGGGCACACUUGUGUUUGAUUAUUUUAGAAUUACAAUGAAAUGGUCUUCGUAACUGUUGUAUCGAUCUGCAAAUGAGCGGGGAGACAGCAUCAGGUAGUCAGCAAGUAGAGUCUUGCUCUUGUUCCUCCUUUUAUUAGUGCGUCACGACAUUCUGUAGGUGGCCAUGAAACCGUGGUGUGGCGGCUUUGAUGAUUUCAACAAACUCAAGGAGGACAAAUUGUUGCAGAUGCUGGUACAAGGGAAUGUUUUCUGGGACGGUUAAUCGUAUUGAUCGGACUCGCUUGAGUUGAUGUGGCUCUGUUUAGACUAAACAUCUGUAGUAGUAGUAGUAGUUUGGGCGUCGCAGUGAGACGGAGCAAAUAAUGAGAUUCUGUGCAAUAACUUUUGCAUUCCUCGCAAUCCACACAGAUCCCACAAGAUGUCACAGCCUACGCAGUGUGACUCUUGACAGCGGCACUUGUCACGAUGUUUUUAAUGUGGAAGGCCAGUGGGGGCUGUGCAGACAUUCAUUUUAUCCUGCGUUUGUUUCUCUAGGACUUUUUCGUGUGUACACAGACUUGUGGCUCCGAUGAGUCUGUAUUGUUGAACCAGCAAACUUGUCCUCCAACAUAGCGCAUAAAUAUGACAUCAUAAUACAUUCUUGCUGCGCCAGAGCACGGCCUUCGGCUGCGGAUCGAAGGGAAAACAACGCAAGAGUAGACUCACCGUGACCAUUCGGUGCCCUGCAGUAUAGUCUAUUUAAAGACCUGAAUGACGUCUCUGCAUUCUAUAGUGAUCACUUAACGUCCGAGGGUGACCCCCAUAAACGUUUUUACCUUACGGUGGGCUCCACACAAUUUUAUACUAGUGAAAGACUUUAAAUCUACUGUAGAUGUCUAUAACUUGAAUUCCUUGGAUUUAUUUAGCUUCAACAACCUGCAGCACACGAGUCUAUUUCUGUUUAAACAUGACCUGGCUGUGGGGGAAAUACGCCGACAUGAACCAAAGCCAAAUUAUUCUGUGUGCUUCACAGUUUUUAAUCUUAGGUUGCAUAUCUUUAAAUCGUUUCACAUACUGAGCUCCGAGGGGCUGUGGUCAGUUACAAAUUAUUAUUGUAAUUUCUGCUCCUCCCUUCAGUUAGUGUGUUUCUGUUUUCUUCUGGUUUUUGUUUGUGCUGGUCUGUUUCACGCGUACUUGUAAACCUGAGUAAAAACACAAUCAACACCAGCAGUUCCUUUUGUGUUAGAGGCAGUUGGGACUGAACGUGGAUUCUGAAUGUCUCCUCUCUUAUUUCUUCGUUCAGGCUGUACUAAUGAAGGUGCUUAAUGUUGCCAAAAACAAUGCAAACUGUAUAUGUGUACAUGUAUAUAGUAUUUUUCUUAUGUUGCCUGAAAGCUCAGCAAGACCACUCAGUUCUGAAUGCAAGUCAUUUGAUAGUUUCGUAAACAGACGUAAGAGGCUGUAUUUGGAUAUUAAAUUUUAAACAUUAAUUUGUGGAUAUUUAUGGCAGUUUUCUUAUUGAUAUGUUUAUGAUGAUACGGUUGAGGUUAGAAUGGGAAUAGUUAAAUACUGAGUGUAAAUUAAGACCAGUAUUGUCAGAGCUGAGCUGUUUAUGGUGGUGGGCUUGAAUCAAAGAUGUUUCAACAUGCGUUUUUGUAUUAAAAUAUGUUUUCUAU